UGUGUACUGCAACACUACAGCCAACGCUACAGCACCAGCACGAGCGAGCAAGUUCCAGAGAAGUUCAACCACAGCGCGCGACCAUGUCGUCGAGGCAGGACCAGCGUGAGGCGAGGGCCGAGGCCGACGCUCGCCGCGCCGCGGACGAGAUCGCGCGCGCGCGGGACGAGCGGGUGAUGCAGGCGGAGAUGGACGCGCGACGCGCGGCGGACGAGAUCGCGCGCGCCCGCGCGGACCGCGAGCACGGCGCACUGGGCGGCGGUGCCUACGCCGAGCACCCGAGCGGCGGCGUCGGCGGCAUCCUGGGGAGCAUGCAGGAGGGCGCCAAGUCCCUGGCCAGCGCGGUUGGCCGCACGUUCGGCGGCGCCAAGGACACCGCCGCAGACAAGAGCUACCAGGCGGCGGACGCCACCGGGAACAAGCUGGGCGAGUUCAAGGACUACACCGCCGAGAAGGCCAAGGAGAGCAACGACAGCGUCGCGCACAAGACGAGCGAGACGGCGGAGGCCACCAGGAACAAGCUCGGCGAGGCCAAGGACUACACCGUCGAGAAGGCGACGGAAGCCAAGGACACCGUGGCGCAGAAGACGAGCGAGACCGCUGAGGCUACCAAGAACAAGCUGGGAGAGUACAAGGACGCCUUGGCCGGGAAGACGCAGGAGGCCAAGGACACCACCAUGCAGAAGGCCCAGCAGACGAAGGACGCCGCCGCCGAGAAGGCGAGGCAAGCUAAGGACGUGACACAGCAGAAGGCCGGCGUGUACACCGACGCCACCAAGGGGACCGCGCAGGAAGCCAGGGACAGGACCAUGGCGACCACGCAGACCCACGAUGCCGAUGGGGGUCAGCAAGGGACCGGUCUGUUCGGGGCGCUGGGCAACAUGACGGGCGCGAUCAAGGAGAAGCUGACGGUUGGCUCGGGCACGCAGCAGCACGACGCCGGAUGGCACGGCCUCCGGCUGGGCGACGAGGACGAGCGCGCGGUGAAGGAGCGCGCGGCGGAGAAGGCGGCGUCCGUCUACUUCGAGGAGAAGGACCGGCUGGCCAAGGAGCGCGCGGCGGAGCGGGUGGACAAAUGCGUCGAGAAGUGCGUGGAAGGGUGCGCCGGCUCCUCCUGCGCCCACCGCAAGGGCAAGAUGUGAGCGGCCGGGCGUCCCACGUGACCGACCGCGGGCGCGUCCUCGGUGCGACGUGCACACGUAUCGCGUUCUCGUGCCAUCCAUGCCGUCACUCCGAGCAUGGCGGCGACAAUAAACUUUAACUCCUAGUGGAGGUCCAGUAGAGCCUUCGUUUUCAAGUUUCUUUUACUACCACCUUUUGUCUAAGUAGUGUAGUGUGUGCGCGUCCCUUAGUUUGAAUCCAUAAAUGUCCUUCGGUUUCAAGUUUCUUUUACUACCACCUUUUGUCUAAGUGGUGUGUGUUCGUCCCUUAGUUUGGUGAAUCCGUAAAUGCUCUACUGCUUUGUUUUA